UUCUCUAUAAAUAGGGAAAUAGAGGCAAAGACUCUAAACCAUCAUCACAUUGAGCAUUUUAUCUAAUUCUUCUUUCUAGUUUGCUUUAUUGUGUUAAAGAGCUUCUUAAUACUAGUAAUUAAGAACUCUAAUCCUUUCUUUCAAAGAAAAAAAACUAGUAAUCCAUAUUUGAAUGGCCAUCAAUUUACAAAACCGUAGAUUCGUUAGCUUGGGGAAGGGAUUUUUGAACCAUUUCGGCUAUGCAAGUAGUCAAAGUUCUACGAACUCGACUAUCCUCUCUACCAGGAGGGCAGUACAUGCAUCAGUGUACGACAAGAAUCUGGAGGAAUAUGUGCAGCCUUUUGUGGUGCCAGAUGAAGUGAUCAAGGCAAAAUCGGACAAGUACUGGACUCCUCAUCCUCAUACUGGCGUGUUUGGACCAGCCACUGAUCAUCAUAUAGACAACAGGGAACGCGGUUACAGUAUCAGGCCUGUGAGUGCUAGUGUAGACUCUGUGUUGGAACAGAAGGCCUUCUUCCGCCCCCUCGAGGAUCUUGAGAAGCCAGCCUACAUUUAACUUUCAUAAUAACAUAGUCGUUUCAAGUGCAUGUGUACAAUAACUAUGGUAGUAGCAGCAAGGUUUAGCAAAAGGUGAAAGAUGUUUUGCUGUUGUGUUCUUUGAAUUGGUAACCUUUGAGUUGGAACUGUAGUUUCCUGUGUAAUACUGCUGUCAAAUGGUUAUGAGUAUUGUAUUAUAGUAAUAUGAAACUUUUUAACUUCUAGCAA